AUGUCCACCAAUGAGAAUGCUAAUUCACCAGCUCCCCGCCUUAACAGAUUCAAGAACAAGGGGAAAGACAGUACAGAAAUGAGGCGCCGCCGAAUAGAAGUUAAUGUGGAGCUAAGGAAAGCUAAGAAGGAUGACCAGAUGCUGAAAAGGAGAAAUGUCAGCUCUUUUCCUGAUGAUGCUACUUCUCCACUGCAGGAAAACCGCAACAACCAGGGCACUGUAAAUUGGUCUGUUGACGAUAUUGUCAAAGGCAUAAAUAGCAACAAUUUGGAAAGCCAGCUCCAAGCUACUCAAGCUGCUAGGAAACUGCUUUCUAGGGAAAAACAGCCCCCUAUUGACAACAUAAUCCGGGCUGGUUUGAUUCCAAAAUUUGUGUCCUUCUUGGGAAGAACUGAUUGUAGUCCCAUUCAGUUCGAAUCUGCUUGGGCCCUCACUAACAUUGCUUCUGGGACAUCAGAACAGACAAAGGCUGUGGUAGACGGAGGUGCUAUCCCAGCAUUCAUUUCUCUGUUGGCAUCUCCCCAUGCUCACAUCAGUGAACAAGCUGUAUGGGCUCUAGGAAACAUUGCAGGUGAUGGUUCAGUUUUCCGAGACUUGGUUAUCAAGUAUGGUGCAGUUGAUCCACUAUUGGCGCUUCUGGCUGUCCCUGAUAUGUCAUCUCUAGCAUGCGGUUACUUACGUAAUCUUACCUGGACACUUUCAAAUCUUUGUCGCAACAAGAAUCCUGCACCCCCCUUAGAGGCUAUUGAGCAGAUUCUUCCUACUUUAGUUCGUCUCCUGCAUCACGAUGAUCCAGAAGUAUUAGCUGAUACCUGCUGGGCUAUUUCCUACCUUACUGAUGGUCCAAAUGAACGGAUUGAAAUGGUUGUGAAAACUGGGGUUGUGCCCCAACUUGUGAAGCUUUUAGGAGCUACUGAAUUGCCAAUUGUGACUCCUGCGCUCAGAGCCAUAGGAAAUAUUGUCACUGGGACAGAUGAACAAACACAGGUUGUAAUAGAUGCAGGAGCACUUGCCGUGUUUCCUAGCCUGCUAACAAACUCCAAAACUAAUAUUCAGAAGGAAGCUACGUGGACAAUGUCAAACAUCACAGCCGGCCGCCAGGACCAGAUACAACAAGUUGUGAAUCAUGGAUUAGUCCCAUUCCUUGUUGGCCUUCUCUCAAAGGCAGACUUUAAGACACAAAAGGAAGCCGCAUGGGCUGUGAACAACUAUACAAGUGGCGGAACUGUUGAGCAGAUUGUGUACCUUGUUCAUUGUGGCAUAAUAGAGCCGUUGAUGAACCUCCUAACUGCAAAAGAUACCAAAAUUGUUCUGGUUAUUCUGGAUGCCAUUUCAAAUAUCUUUCGGGCUGCUGAGAAACUAGGUGAAACUGAGAAACUUAGUAUAAUGAUUGAAGAAUGUGGAGGUUUGGACAAAAUUGAAGCUCUGCAAAACCAUGAAAAUGAGUCUGUGUACAAAGCUUCAUUAAACUUGAUUGAGAAGUAUUUCUCUGUAGAGGAAGAGGAAGAUCAAAAUGUUGUGCCAGAAACUACCUCUGAAGGCUAUACAUUCCAAGUGCAGGAUGGCUCUGCUGGGACCUUCAACUUUUAG